GCCGGCGUGCCAUCCUACUGUGGCAGGUGUUUCUGGUCUCCAGUCUCUGCAUGCAUCGCAUAUGAGCGGAGCCAUUUUUCAUGACUGCCCAAUCCGUGGAAUGCGUGCUGAAUACUUCCCGAGCACACUUGAAGGUACAAGCAGAAGCCAGCAUUUGGUGAACGCAGCAUGCACCGGGUGUACUCAGCAUGGCGCGGUCUCAGCAAUGCCUCCGCAGCUUCAUCCAAACGGCUGCUGGCUUCAGGAGGUGGGCCGACGGGCCUGCGUCUAUGGCGAAGAAGCCUGUCAUCCUCCUCAGUUGCUCAGUGUGCGGCAUUAGCUGACCAGGGCACAGGUUUCGGACCCCCUCCAGUACAGUCACCUCGGAGAGUCGUGGUCACGGGUCUUGGCCUGGUAACGCCAUUAGGCGUGGGAGUGGAGCACACGUGGCAGCGACUCGUUGCCGGGGAAAGUGGAAUCCGAGGGGUCACAGUGGAUGAUCUAGGACUUGAUGCGUUUGACGAGAAAACUGUUUCUGAGGCUUGGAGACAGCUGGGCUCUAGAGUUGCGGCCUUUGUUCCAAUGGGAUCCGGCCCUGGCCAAUUCGACAUUAACACAACUGUAGCUCCUGAGGACAAGGGUCGCAUUGCCCCUUUUGUGGCGUUUGCGCUAUCCGCGACAACAGAGGCGCUUGGAGAUGCAGGGUGGGCCCCUUCCUCCGACCGCGAACGGCAACGGACUGGGGUUGCAAUUGGGGGUGGGAUAGGGUGCAUGAUGGACGUUGUCGAGUUUUCAAGGCUGGCCGCGGAUCGUAAGCUCCGUCGCCUUAGUCCUUUCUUCAUUCCUCGGGUGCUUAUCAACAUGGCAGCUGGCUAUGUCGGCCUCAAACACGGGCUCUGGGGCCCGAACCACGCAGCGACUACGGCGUGUGCAAGUGGCGCUCACUCCAUUGGUGAUGCAGCUAGACUCAUCCGGCAUUGGGACGCGGAUGUGAUGGUUGCUGGCGGGGCGGAGUCUUGCAUUGAUGUCAUGUCACUCGCAGGUUUCCACCGAUUGAAGGCUUUGUCGUGCAAGUACAACGAACAACCGGCCAAAGCAUCUCGACCGUUUGACCAAGGUCGUGACGGGUUUGUGAUAGGAGAGGGAGCAGGCAUCGUUGUGCUCGAGGAGUACGAGCAUGCGCAGAAGAGGGGGGCGAAGAUGUAUGCCGAAAUUCGGGGCUGUGGCAUGUCUGGUGAUGGCUAUCAUAUGACACUACCACCGCCGGAUGGCCGGGGCGCUCUCCUGGCCAUGCAGCGAGCUCUGGAGAUCGCAGGUCUCCAACCCACCGACGUGGACUACAUCAAUGCUCAUGCGACAUCAACUCCGCAAGGGGAUGCGAUAGAAGCCAGGGCCAUACAGACACUCUUUGGAAGCCAUGCCCACUCCGGCAGUCUGGCCUUGUCGUCCACAAAGGGUUCUACAGGUCACCUCAUGGGAGCGGCUGGGGCGGUGGAGGCCAUCUUCACCAUUCUUGCUAUACAUAAGGGAGUCAUUCCUCAGACCCUGAACCUUGACGACGCCGACCCCGUAUUUCAGGGAGGCUACAAGCCAGAGGCAACUCCAAGGGAGAUGCAAGUGACUGCGGCACUGUCAAAUUCUUUUGGUUUCGGUGGAACCAAUUCAUGUCUUGCAUUCACACGCCCGCCACUUCUGUGAUCACCACUGCCGCUGCUCGUCAGGUAGCUGGCUGACGUGGAGGAACUGGCAAGGCAGAGGGAGGGGCUGAAUAAAGUCCUACUACUGGGAGUCCUACUGAACAGUUUUGUGUUGUCAACUCAAUUUUUUUGGGGUGCAUGAAUAUGGUUUUGAAGCUGCUGCUGAAUGAGGCCACCUUAGCUGUUGUUUUGCUCUUAUGCAUUGGGCGUUUGAUCGAAGGAGCUGCUGUUGCGUUUGGUGGUCUCCAUGAUUGAUAUGCAGAGCGCUUUUCCGACGAGCGACGAUAUCCUGACCUGACACAUCAAGGGUUGGAUAUCGUUAAUCUGGCCCUCGACGCGACCGUAUUUUUUGUGCCUGUUUCGACGUUACUGCCAUUCAUCCUCGACAUCGGAUAUCAUGAUGGUAGCUGUGCCACGUCGAGGGUCAGAUAUAGUUCCUCUGCUCGGCUUUGUGAUGAUAUCGAGGGUGUGUGCCGGGAAUCCUAUCGAUUGUUUCACUAUCGAGGGUGAAAGCAGGAGCCUGUACCAUCAUGUGUUGAGAAUUCGAAACCCUGUUGUAAUCAGGGGUAUUUGCUAAUAACUUGAGAGCACCAUUUUGGACACCUGAUAAUGCUGUCUGUCCUGGCACAGGGACAGAGCGAGGGGUGCGGUGGGUCCUACUCCAUUCAGAUUUGGGAUGGGAUUUGUCGCACAUGCAAAUGUGUACUGGGAAUCAUAUAGGGCCUCGCCACAUUACUCUCGAAAUGUGAAAAUGACAAAAAUGUGGCGGGUGCAUCUGGCCAUGUUCUAGCGGGAAGUUCAUUUCAUUUUGCACAUUUUGAGAGUGCUGUGGCAGUGCAUAUAUAGAGUGGUUCACAGCACUGGUGAAGCAACCGGCUGUACAUGUUAUAUUGACAUUGUGAGAAAAUCUUGAUGAAUUCAUUUUUUGUUGUUAACAGGACAGAAAAAGGCAUAUGUGGAGCUUAGCGAGGGGUUCCAGGCUGCGGCUGCUGUGGCGGCUGCUGCUGAGUGUAUCGCCCCGACCUCGGCAGCCACUCUGCUGUGCUCUCUUACGUAAAUCUGCUCCACUGUCUACCUGCUGCAGCAUCUCUCUUCUGGGGGACACAUUCGACACGGUGUUUGAUUUGAUGCAUGCGGUCCAGAAGACAGAUGAUUGCGAUGAUGCUAUACUCGUACUAAUCGUUCUGCUUGACAUCAACUGUAAAUACUCAGUGGUGAUUGGUACCGUAGGAAAGAAUGCGAAUUGGCUCUGUUUUCUGUCCGUGCUGUUUUUCACGUGCGGUCCCUGAAGAUCCUACGCAGACAUACGUUGGUUCCCUGCGGAUUAUCCGUUGCAAUAUUUAUUGAAUUCAAUCAGUGCAUCGAUUGGGAUGCGUUUGAGGAGAGAGUAAGCUAUUCCCCUGUCACGAAAGGAAAACUGGGUGUGGGAAGUGAAAUGGAAAGGUCACAGGUCAGGUACCAUACCAUACCUGUAUUCGAAUUUGGGUCUGUAUGCCAGCAAUUCAUGGGUGUACCAACUGGGCUAGUAGGCCAUGUCAUACCGUAUCUUUUUUUUGGGUGGGAAAAAGAGAUCUGCGCAUGACGUACAUUUAAAUUUCAGGAGAAGAUCACACAGAGAAGUUGUCUGUGGCAUGGUUGCGGCAAUGCUGAGUGGAUCGCUUACUGGUGGAUCCACUACCGUGGGUUGUGUGGGUGAUGAAGAGGCAGGGAGAACUCUCACAUACACUAAAAGAAGUAAAAGAAGUUGGCCUAG